GCUUAAAAUUGCAUUUUUGAUGACUUUUUUUUUCGUUCUUUCUUAACCAAUGCAUUCAUCAGGGUCAGGACAUGCCUUACAAAGAAGUCCUUACAUCGGUGUUUGAGACAAGUUCCGUUUAGCUUUGUUUCUUUUCACUACUUGCAAUUCACUUAGUCAACUCCAUACCCCCAACACAAUCUUCCCCUACAUCUUGGUGUUUGAACGUUGCAUAGGUUUUCUUUUACCAUGGCCAAUGCACUACAUAACGCUGCCAUCUCCAGAGUCAUGUUUGGAGACCAAUAUUCCAUUUCUCGUUGCGUGGUUCCAUCCCUAUCCACUCUUCCUCUCAGAGCCAUGCACAAAGGAAAACACGUUGAGCUGAACAGAACGGUUAUGGUGGUAAAGGCAAAGACUAAUAGUGAUUUUGAUGACUCAGACGUUGACAUUUCUUUGAGCCACAGAGUUAAUGCUGUGAAACUUUCCAAAACUCUAUCCAUAUGUGAUCAUGCCACUGCUCUUUUACAAGCUGGAGUUCCCGUUAUUCGCCUAUUUUUCGGAGAAUCUGAUUUCGACACACCUGGUGCUAUAGCUGAGGCUGGGAUGAAUGCAAUUCGUGAAGGUUACACGAGAUAUACCCCCAAUGCUGGAACAUUAGAAUUGCGCCAAGCAAUUUGUCAUAAGCUAAAAGAGGAGAAUGGAAUUACGUAUUCUCCUGAUCAGAUUGUGGUCAGUAAUGGAGCCAAGCAAAGUAUUGUUCAAGCAGUGCUUGCAGUUUGUUCCCCAGGGGAUGAGGUUAUUAUUCCAGCUCCAUUCUAUGUGAGUUACCCAGAAAUGGCAAGAUUGGCUCAUGCAACACCUGUGAUUCUUCCAAGCCACAUAUCUAGUAACUUUCUUUUGGAUUCCAAACUGCUUGAAGCCAACCUUACCGAAAGAUCCAGACUGCUUAUUCUUUGUUCACCGUGUAACCCCACAGGAUCUGUCUACUCGAAGAAAUUACUUGAAGAGAUAGCCCAAAUUGUAGCAAAGCACCCCAGGCUUCUGGUUCUCUCUGAUGAAAAUUAUGAACACAUAAUUUAUGCACCGGCAACUCAUACAAGCUUUGCAUCGUUACCGGGAAUGUGGGACAGAACUCUAAUUGUGAAUGGACUUUCCAAGACAUUUGCAAUGACUGGUUGGCGGCUUGGGUAUAUUGCUGGUCCAAAACAUUUUGUUGCUGCAUGUGAAAAGAUUCAAAGCCAGUUUACUUCAGGGGCAAGUAGUAUAUCUCAGAAAGCUGGGGUUGCUGCAUUGGGACUAGGCUAUGCAGGUGGGGAAGCUGUUUCUACCAUGGUGAAAGCUUUCAGGGAAAGAAGGGAUUUCUUGGUUGAAAGCUUUAGAGAAAUGGAUGGUGUGAAAAUAUGUGAACCACAGGGGGGAUUUUAUGUAUUCCUUGAUUUCAGCUCUUAUUAUGGAAGAGAAGCCGAAGGGUUCGGUGUAAUUGAGAAUUCUGACUCCCUCUGUCGAUACCUGCUGGACAAGGGCCUGGUUGCCUUGGUGCCGGGGAGUGCAUUUGGAGAUGAUACUUGCAUCCGCAUCUCUUUUGCAGAAUCCCUUACUACUUUAAAAACAGCCGUUGAGAGAAUUAAGAAAGCACUUAUCCCUCUAAGCUCUUCUGCGCUUGUUUAAUUAAUGGCAAUUGUGUUCUCUCUUCUUCUUAUGUUUUACUUUUUAGUUGCAGUAUGUAGUAUGUUUACUAUGAAAAUGAGUAAUGUGGCAAUUGGCAUCCUCUUAUUAUAUUUUCUUACAGAUAUUCUUAAUAUGUUAUAAAGUAAAUAUUAAAUGAUGAAAUGAAUGCAUUUAGUAUCUUGUAAACCUAAAAUGCAUUCAAUUCUUUAUUUAGUAAAUAAGGUGUGUUUGGUUCA